UAAAACUAGUUUAAGUAGUACAACAAUGACAACAACAAUAAGUAAACAUGACUUACAACUACAACAGCAACAACAACAACAACAGCAACAAUUGUUACUACUACAUCAGCCGGAGCAUGCGCAGCAACCGCUACAUGUGCAUUACACAGACCAACAACAACAACAAGCAAUUUUACAAAAACAGCACCAUUCUUCACACUUAUUAAAAUCUACAACCAAUAAAAGUUUGUUAAUUAAUAAUACCGUUAGUAGUUUAGUCGACAACACCACAAAUAUUUACGAUUUAGACGCUGCGACCGCAACGCUGACAGCAGCAACUGCAACUGCUGCAACACCGUCGGCUAGCAUCACAACAACAACAACCACAACAACUACAACACGCUUAGAUAGUUCAACCGCGAUUAUACAAAUAGAUUCAUUAAACAACAACAACACAACUAGUUUAAGUGCCACAACCAACGCCAUCACAACCGCCACCACACCGACCAACAAUAACGGCUGCGUGUUGAUACCAACCAGCGAUGCCAGCGCCGAGACGGAACCGAAAGCUCAAAAGCGUCGCUCAUUGCUCAACUUCAAAUCGUUCGAUUUUCACAUCAAAUCUCUAUAUUCGGGCUUGCGUAACGGCAACAAACAUUCGCACUCCCAAUCGUCUUCGCUGGGCGGUUGCGGUGGUGGCAGCAAAAGCGGCGGCGGCGACGGCGGUAGCGCUGGCGAGGGAGAUGGUAGAACCGAUAAUGCGAAUGGUAGCGGUUUACUGGACGCCGCCACGCCGUUGGGUAGCCGUGGCGGCACAGCCAUCAACAAUCGUAUGCCGCCCUAUCUGAAGAUCGAAUCGGUCGAUGCUGAGGAAGCGGAGAAUCUACUGCUCGAUUAUCCGCAAUCACCGUACUCGUCGCGUCGCAAUAGCUCACACGAAGACGACAAUCAUUCCAGUUCGCAGCUGUUGCACAUCAAUCGUUACGACAUGUGUUCGCGUUCGCAGGCCAGUUCGCCCUCGCCGUACUACCUGUCGCCGUAUGCCAUCGAUUCGGGCAAUAUACGACGCUCCUCUACGUCGGACAUUAUGUCGUGCAAGCGCAGCGGUACAUCCAGCGCGAGUGAUAGCCGUCGGCCGAGCACGAGCGAUCUGUUGCGGAAGGCGCGUGAACGGCGCGGUAGCGAGGCGCGAAUGGGCCGCAGCGUUUCGCAUAGUGGACUGCCGCGUGGUGGAUCCCGUAUGGGUGCGGGUGGCGGCGGCGGCGGCGGCGGUGGACGGCGUACGAGUAUGGCAUUUUAAAUAAUAUUAUGCAACAAUAAAGUGUGUUAAAAUAAAAGGUAAAAGGUAGUCGAGUAUUUCUAUGCGUUCGCAAGCGCAGUGGACUUUGUCGAGUCAUGUGUAUUCUUGAUGCUCUUGUACAUCGUUAUGCAAUUAAGUGCUUAUGAAUUUUUAAAAUUUAAUUAGAAAAAAUUUAAAAUUAUCGUAACAUAUAACUAGUCAAGUAUUUAUAAUUAUAAAAUAGCUUAAACAUUUAUUAAAUAAUAAUUAAAGCUUAAAUUAUAACA